AUAUUAUUUCUACUAAUCGUGUAUGCCUCGACCAGCACGAGAAAAGCAUGCGUUUCCGUGAUUGAAUUGUUCUACACAUACGUGCAGACGACAGGGACAGCACAGCAUGAAAUAUACACGUUCACUUAUAUUUUAUGCUCUCAUUUUGCAGACUUUGUGUUCAGAAACAUCUGACAUCCAGUACAAAGCAUGUAAAGUUGAUACAAAGGGAGUCCCUUCAUGUAGCCAGCUGUGUAUAAAUGGCAGGGGAGGUUACUCAUGUUCCUGUUACAGUGGAUAUGUGUUAGAAGAUGACAACCGGACAUGUUUGGUUACAGGAAAUGAACCAGUGAUAAUUUUGGUGACCAGCAAGACAGUUGAUGUGUACUAUACUGAAACAGAGGAUAUUGACACAUUGACAAAUCUUCCAGAUAGUCAUGUAACAGCACUAGGUUUUGGUCCAGAUGACAUAAUGUUGAUUGUAUCUAGACAUGGCAAAGCUGUAUAUAAAACAAAAUUAGAUGUUAAAAACCAAAAGGAAGAACCCGAAAUGUUAAUAGAUACAGGUCUGAGGCAUGUAACUGGUGUGGCAGUUGACUGGGUCACGUCUAAUAUAUAUCUGGUUGACAAAGACGCUGGUCAAAUUAUCGUGUGUUCAUGGAAGGGAGAUAACUGCUCAAUUCUUGUAACAAAUCUGGAACGCCCAUACUCGGUUCUGGUGAACGUAAACUCAAGGAAAUUACUGUGGUCUGAAUGGGGUGCAAAUGGCAGUGAUGGCUCCAUUGUGUCUUCAAAUCUUGAUGGCUCUACGUUAAAAAUGAUGAUAAAUAACCUUGCCAAGCCACAGGAUCUGGUAUUAGAUGGUACCAGUAAUGUUCUGCAUUGGUUGGCAAGACUUCAUGGUGUAUAUAUUAUACAGUCCAUCAAUCUUCACACCGGUUACAGACAGAUAUAUAGUGUAGAGAGUGAUGGUCAUGCUGCCCCAACAUUAUCUUUACUGACGGAUCAUUUGUAUUGGACCAUGUCCAACAGCACUUUGAUAAUAAACAAGUUUACAGGUGUUAUAGAAAAAUCACUGGCUACAGGAAGUGCUCUCAGAGCCUCAAUAUACCACCCUGUUUUAUAUAGGAGUUUAACAUCACAAG